GAGGAUGGCUACGCGCGGCUGCUGCGGCGCCAGGUGGAGGAGAUAUUCCGGACCAGCCGCAUGGUCGCCGUGUGCCAGUACAACUCCAUGCCAGACGAGGACAUGGUGAUGAUGAGGCACUACCUGAGGAAGCACAACAUCGAGGUCAAGUUCGUGCUCAAUGAGAUUGUCAGGCCGGUGUUGGUGCAGUCCAAGUACAGGAAUCUCCUUCCACUCUUCGUGUGCCGCAAUAUCCUUCUGGUGAGCCCCGAGGCCAAGGUGAAGGAGAUGCUGCGGGUGCUGAAGGGAGUCCCACAGGUCAACCUUCUGGGUGCCUGCAUCGACAACACCAUCCUGAGCCGGCGGGGAGUGGAGAGCUUUGCCCGCCUGCCCUCGCUGGAGGCCUCUCAGGGGCAGAUGGUGGGAGCUCUGGCCCUGCUGCCCUCCCAAACCUCCUCCCUGCUCCAGCGCAGCCCUGCACACCUCACCGCGCUGCUGGACCAGCACAUCCGACAGCUGCGAGACAUGGGGGGGCCUGGGGAGACCCCCGAGGCACAGGGAACCCCGGGGGAGACCCCUGGGGACACCCCCAAGGCACAGGGAACCCAUGGGGAGACUCUCGAGGCACAGAAAACUCCUAGGGAGACUCUUGAGGCACAGAGCACUCCUGGGGAGACCCCCAGGGCACAGAGCACCCCUGAGGUGACUCCCAAGGCUCAGGGAACCCCUGAAAAGACUUCCCAGGCACAGAAGACCCCUGGGAAGACCCCCGAGGCACAGAGUACCCAUAGCUCCAGGGCACAGGGAACCGCUGAGAGCACCCCUGGGGAGACCCCCGAGGCACAGAAAACCCCUGAGGUGACUCCCAAGGCACAGGGAACCCCCGAGAAGACCUCCCAGGCACAGAAAACCCCUGGGGAGACCCCCAAGGCUCAGGGAACCCCUGAAAAGACUUCCCAGGCACAGAGAACUCCUGAGAAGACCCUCCAGGCACAGAGCACCCCUGGGGAGACCCCCAAGGCACAGAAAACCCCUGGGGAGACCCCCAAGGCACAGGGAACCCCUGAGAAGACCCUCCAGGCACAGAGCACCCCUGAGGUGACUCCCAAGGCACAGGAAACCCCUGGGAAGACCCUCCAGGCACAGAGCACCCCUGAGGUGACUCCCAAGGCACAGGGAACCCCUAAGAAGACUUCCCAGGCACAGAAGACCCCUGGGGAGACCCCCAAGGCUCAGGGAACCCCUGAAAAGACUUCCCAGGCACAGAAGACCCCUGGGAAGACCCCCGAGGCACAGAGUACCCAUAGCUCCAGGGCACAGGGAACCCCUGAGGUGACUCCCAAGGCACAGGGAACCCCUGAGAAGACUUCCCAGGCACAGAAGACCCCUGGGGAGACCCUCAAGGCUCAGGGAACCCCUGAAAAGACUUCCCAGGCACAGAAGACCCCUGGGGAGACCCCCAAGGUACAGGUAGCCCCUGGGAAGACCUCCCAGGCACAGAAGACCCCUGGGGAAAACCCCCCAGCACAGGGAACAAGGACGCCCAAGGAGACUCCCCCUGCUCAGGACACGGAGGAUCACUGA